GGCAAUACCAACAUGUCGAAAAUUACUCUCUUUCUUGCUGUUAUUUGCCUUUGCGCGGCUGUUCAGGCUCAAAGUGACAUUUGCCGUAAAGAAAAUGAAACUUGCCGACGAAAUGAACGGAGGUUGGGAGUUCAAAAUGAAGUUUCGACCAUAUUUAAUAAUCAGUGCCGCCGCCAGCCAGGAGUUAGAAACUGGCGCAAUGUUUCUCGUUGCGAAUUGUCGCUGGCCACUUGUCGAUUGACAAUCGAGCGUUGUGCUGCAAUAAACUGCGAAAAUGUGAGAACCAGCAUUGAUGGUGGGGUCACCGGUCGCCCUCCCACUCCAAGGACUACCCCGCGGAUCCCUGACACCCGACGACCUCGAACUACUCGUAGGACUCCAACUACUCGUCGUGUCACCACACGGCGUACUACUCGUCGAACGCCAGCUACUAGAUCUUCUCGUAGAACUACACGUGGUCGGACCACAACUACUACUCGUAGAUCAUCUCGUAGAACUACGACUCGUCGACCAACUGAAGAAUGA